CAAGCCCUCCACGCUCCCCGGUCUCCUACGUCGCCCCUCCACUCCGGCGACAGCGGCUGCGCCCCCCCAGCCGCCGGCCUUCUCCUUCUCCUCCUCGUCCUUCUAAUCCAGUCCUCGCCAUGGCCGGCGAAAGAGAUUCUGGAGGGGCGGAGGAGGACGACGUCGACCACUACGCCGUCCUCGGCCUCCCCUCCGGCGAGGAGGGCGCUUCCCUGACCCUUAAGCAGAUCGAGAAGGCCUACCGAGACCAGUCCGGCCUCCGCCACCCGGACAAGCGCCCGGACGAGCCCAACGCCACCGCGGACUUCGGGCGCCUCAGGUCCUCCUUCGAGCUCCUCAAGGACGAGCCCAAGCGCGAGUUCGACGCUCGCCUCCGUGCCCGCCGUGACCUCGCCCUCCGCCACUCCACCCUCAGCGCCGAGCGCCGCAAGCUCGCAGCAGACCUCGACGAGAGGGAGCGCGCGGCGGCAGCAGGGGGGAAGGAGGAGGUCCUCGACCCGGCCGAGCAGGCCAAGCGCCGGGAGAAGAAGGUCGCCACCGAGCUAAAGAGGGAAUUCGAGCAGUUCCAAGCCCGGAUGGCCGCUGAGAAAGCUGCUCCCACUUCCACAUCCGCAUCAGGGAAUGAGACGGAAGAGGAGAAUGGAGGGGUGGCAGCAUUGGAUAAGGAGAGGGUUUUGAAGGUCUCCUGGGAGCGAGAGUUGCGAGAUUACAGUGCUGUCAAGCUGCGAGAGCUGUUUGAUAGGUUUGGAGGGGUUGAAGAUGUUGUGAUGAGGACAAAAGGAUAAAAAAAGAGGGGUCCUGCCAUUGUCGCCGUGUCUUCCAAGGAUGCUGUGGCCAAUGAAAAGAAGAAAAACAUGCAAUAAUGUUGUGCAAGCUUACUUUGGAGAUAGUGAAAUGGUUUAAUUUUUCUUUGACAAUUUAUAGGCGAAGGGUGGAUGGUACAUUUUCUCACACAAAAGGAAACAAGCCUUAGCCACAGGUAUUGCAUUUGGAAGGAAUUUUGCCUUCUCAUAGAACUCAGACAUUAGCUGGAGGAUCCCUUCUGCACCUGGGUGCUGUAUAUUAGUUCAUCUAAGGACAUCUGUGCUUGCAAACUGAUGUACCAGUCUCCAAUGACAUUUUACUUUCGAGUA